AUGAGUGGGAAAUAUAAUGGCAUGCAGGCCAUUAUUCAACAGCAUUGUAACCUAGCGGAGUACGUACCCUGCGCCGCGCAUUCUCUUAAUCUUGUUGGUCAGUCAUCUGCCAGUUGUUGUCAGCAAGCCGUUAGAUUCUUCAGUUUCCUCCAACGACUGUACUCUUUCUUCGCUGCUUCACCACAUUGUUGGAAAGUUUUGACUGACCAACUUUCUAGCAAGAGCCUUCCCACAGUCAAACGCAUGUCUGAUACUCGAUGGUUGGCGCGUGCAGACGCUACGAAAGCUCUAGUAAAAGGAUAUGAUGAAAUUAACGCUGCUUUAGAAGAGAUUCAUAAUGACGAAGAUGAGAAGCCGGACGCCAAAGAUGAAGCUGGUAGUAUUUCGUCUGAUAUGGACCGACUUGAAAUCGGAAUUCUUGCGGCGUUAUGGCAUCAGAUCCUGGAACGAUUCCACAGAACAAGUCAGAUCCUGCAAUCAGCCGAUCAAGACCUCAACACUGCGGUUGCAUUAUAUGAAUCGCUGAUUGAUUUCGUCCAUUCGCUGCGAACAAGAUUUGAAGAAUUUGAAGCCAAAGGAAAGAAGCUCGGUGAAUGUGAUAUAUAUGCAGGAGAAGUCAAGCGCGUGCGUAAACGAAAUCGCCGUUACGACGAGCCAGGGUCAGCACCUGAGUUGCUGCGACUAGGCCUUCAGAUUCUUCAACUGCAGCGAGACCUUCUCAUCAAGCUAAUGAAGAUGACGACAUCGAUGUUAAAUCGGAUGAUGAUGAUGACAUCACAGUGA